ACUUGCCAACACCCUGACCCUCCACGUCCGCCCAGCUCUAGUUCUGCGCAGUCUCCUGGCAUGAUUUGCCGUCCCUAUGGCAACCCGGUAGCUGGCGUCGGAAGAUGGAGACCUCUGAGUCUAUUGACAGAUCGCAGUCGCGAUGUUUAGACUUACAGCCCAGCUCGGACGGACUAGGGUCCAGUUCCGAUCCCUUUUCUUCUUGGGAUGGCCGUCAUAGCUCUGCCCUGGUAGCUGCAACCGCAGCAGCUUCAGCAGCUGCCACAGCCGCCUCCACUGCCAGAGCAGCUGCAUUAUGGACAAAGAGCCCAGCCCCCUACUCUCAUGGGAACCUGCUCACGGAGCCCUCCUCUGACAGUCUGACAGAGCGCUACACUGGACCCAGAUUUACCCACAAGAUAAGCUACGGGAGACUCGGCUUUCAGCCUGCCUGUUUUUCCCAUGUUGCUCGGAAUCCCUAUACUACAAAUGACCUUAGCUCUAGCCGUAGCCCUAUUCCUGGCUCCAGUUCUGGCCCUGUUCCUGGCUCCAGCUCUAACCCUGGUCCUGACUCCAGCUCUGACCCUGGACCUAGCUCCAGUUCUGGUCCUGGUGGUAGCCCUGGCGGUGGCUCUGGUCAAGGUCCUGGCCACGGCCCUGGUCCUGGUGGUGGCUCUGGUCAGGGUCCUGGCGGUGGCUCUGGUCAAGGCACUGAUCUUGGUCCUGCUAUUGAUUCUAGGCAUAGCCCAGGCCAUGGCCAUGGCCCUAGGUUAAACUUCUCUGCUCCUGUAGGCUUCAGAAACCCCAGGGGAGAUCUUAUCCCUAAUUAUACCGGCUGCAAACACCACUGUCACUGGGAGCCGCAGAAACAAUCCUGGAAAUUUUUAAAAGUCUCAGAACCUGGUGCCCGAGGGCUGUGGAAGCCCCCCGAAGUUGAAGGGAAGAGUACGGUUCUCAGUGAAACACUGCCACGGGGCCAGUGCCUUCUCUACAACUGGGAGGAGGAGAGAGCCACCAACUACCUGGAUCAAGUCCCAGUCAUGCAGGAUGGCUCUGAGAGUUUCUUUUUCCGACACGGACACCGGGGACUGCUGACCCUGCAGCCACAGUCACCCAUGUCCUCCUGCACCACCCAGAAAGACUCAUACCAGCCCCCAACAAGCCACUGUCAGCCAAUUCGAGGGAAGCGUGAAGCCAUACUGGAGAUGCUGUUGCGCCAACAAAUCUGUAAAGAGGUGCAGGCAGAGCAGGAACCCACAAGGAAGGACUCUGAGGUCGAGUCUGUGACACACCACGACUACAAAAAGGAGCUGGUGCAGGCAGGGCCUCCUGCCCCAACAAAGAUCCACGACUACCAUACAGAGCAGCCUGAAACCUUCUGGCUAGAGAGGGCACCUCAGCUACCGGUGUGUGAGGGUGACCGGCUGUUGGGAGUGGGUGAAAGGAGGGGAGGAGGCUGUUCUGUCCUCACUUGGGGCAGAGCAGGCCCCGUCCUCAUUCUGGCACUCCUCCAGGGUGUCAGUAACAUCAGGACACUAGACACACCGUUCCGGAAGAACUGCAGUUUCUCAACACCUGUGCCUUUGUCUCUAGGGCAGCCGUUGCCCUUUGAACCUGAGAGUUAUUCCCAACAGGGAGAAAUAUCUUCCCUUGCCUGUCAGGGAGGGGGACAGGGUGGUGGAGGGGGUUGAACUACUCCUGUCUAAGGGCUGAGGAGGGAAGUAGAUGUGGAAUAUGGAAUCUCCUCUCUGAACUGGAGAGGUGGGGAGGAAAUGAAUUGGUCUGUACUUGGUGACAGGGUUUUACAUAAAAAGUGUUCUCUCU